UUCAACAAGGCACGUUUAAAUACCAAACUGAAGUAAAAAAUGCAUAAUGGUUGUCCACUAAAGAAAAUAUUAUAAAAAGUGUCAAUCUGAUUUUGACAAACCUUUCAAGGUCUAUACACCCCUCCCGUUUCCUCUACCAUAGUGACCCGGAUACGCUUGUUACAGACGUUCAAAUUACAGACUUUCAAAUCGAGCGGAUAUUUACUGAUUUAUGGCAAACGAUGUCGUUAGAUAACAGAUAACAUUGUUUAUCAUUUCAAUAAUUGUCGGGGUUGUAGGAAGGAUACAACAAUGAGGACAAUUCUUAUUGCGAUGGAUAGCAGCGAAAAUUCUUUAUACGCCUUUAAACAGUAUGCAGAGAAGUUUCAUCAAGAUAACAAUUACGUCAUAGCAGCGCACUGCGUCCAUUACACCAUCACUAAUCCGGAGGAAUUGAUAACCAGCACAAAGGACGAAGAGGUGAUAAGAAAAGUAUUUGAAGAAGAUGAGAAAAGAAUAUUAUCUGUGCUGAAUGAUAUGGAGGCUCUUCUUGCCGAAAACAAGAUAUCCGGUGAAGUUGUCCGACUGGAGGGACAGCCCGAGACGUCCAUUCUAACAAAAGCAGAGGAGGUCCAGGCAGCCAUGAUUGUGAUGGGGUCACGUGGUCUUGGAACAAUUAGACGGACUAUUCUAGGAAGCGUCAAAUACGUGAAGACGUUGCACCAGGCGGACAAAUAUGUGAUAGCGGCUCUGUGUGCCGAAUACACGGGGGUGGAUUCUGGAGGCGAGUCCGCUGGCGUUCUGUCGAUUACCCAGGCCGGGUUUGACGUCAUUGAGGGUUUGUUACAAGAAGAUGAAAAACGGAUACUGUCAACUCUGAAUGAUAUAGAGUCCCUCUUGAUAGAGAAUCAGUUAGAAGGUGAAGUCAUCCGACUAGAGGGCAUCCCAGGGGUCGCCAUCAUAUCAAAAGCCAGAGAAGUAAACGCAUCCAUGAUCGUCAUUGGAUCACGUGGUUUCGGGAGGAUAAGGCGGACGUUGAUGGGGAGUGUCAGUAACUUUGUAGUCCAUCACUCCCCCGUACCAGUAGCACUGUGUAAAUACGAAAAAAGGGCGACAGAAGUUCCGUGAAUGUGUCUCUGUCAUUUGAAUUUCUUGUAUUAACAUAUAUUGAAUUUA